UCUCUUUUUCCUUCUAACUACAAGAGACUUAUAAAUGAAAAAUCAAAUCUUGGUGGGGGAAAGGGCAAGGCAAUGCAUGUCUGAUCCUUCCUGUUUGAGCUGAAUUUGCUAAACAUUGGAGUUUCCGCUAUUUGGGUUUUGGAGUAAUCGCCCCCAUUUUCUCUUUUUUCCCUUUCUCCUCUGUCUCUCUUUUCUUUUUCUCGGACUUUUCUAGGAUUUUUUGCAGAAUAAGCAUUGAAAAUCGCCAUUUCGAUCUUUUCCCUCUUAUGGGUUCUGGGUUUGAAUGCUGUUUUCACCCCAUUUUUCACUGUUUUUAAGUUGUUGUUACUUUCCCAAGUCUCUCUUUGUUUUUUGUGUUGUGGGUUCUGAGUGUUUAGUACAAUGGCAAAUACAUCUGGCUUCUUUGCAACAUCAGUCCCGAGUCUAAGGACGAGGAAUUUUCCAUUAGGAGGCAGUUUUCGAUCUGGGUUUAGAUCAUCUGAUGGAAUUCCUAAAGUAAUAUUCUGUUCUACUUCUAUCGGCGCAGAGAAGGUUUCUUCUGGAGCUUCCCCUUCUGAAUCUCGGGUGCCCAGGAUCCUCACCAGAGGCUGCAAGCUAGUUGGGUGUGGUUCAGCUGUACCAAGUCUUCAGAUUUCAAAUGAUGAUCUUGCAAAGUUGGUUGAUACAAAUGAUGAAUGGAUAUCUGUUCGCACUGGUAUUCGCAAUCGAAGGGUGAUUGCAGGCAAGGACAGUAGCCUGACAGCUUUGGCAGCAGAGGCAGCAAGAGGAGCUCUUCAAAUGGCUCAAGUUGAACCUGAUGAUGUAGACUUGGUAUUAAUGUGCACUUCGACACCAGAGGAUCUUUUUGGCAAUGCUCCACAGGUCCAAAAAGCUCUUGGUUGUAAAAGAAAUCCUUUGUCUUAUGAUAUAACAGCUGCAUGUAGUGGAUUUCUACUGGGUUUAGUAUCUGCUGCUUGUCACAUAAGGGGAGGUGGGUUUUCUAAUGUUCUUGUCAUUGGUGCUGAUGCUCUUUCUCGCUAUGUUGACUGGUCUGAUAGAGCAUCCUGCAUUCUUUUCGGAGAUGCUGCUGGUGCUGUACUACUGCAGGCAUGUGAUACUGAGGAUGAUGGUUUAUUUGGUUUUGACUUGCACAGUGAUGGGGAUGGCCAAAGGCAUUUGAAUGCUGGGAUCAAGGAAAAGGAAACUGAUAAAAGUUUGGGUUCUAACGGCUUUGUGGCUGGUUUUCCUCCCAAAAAUGUCACCUAUUCUUGUAUUCAUAUGAAUGGCAAGGAGGUGUUUCGAUUUGCUGUUCGCUGUGUGCCACAGUCAAUCGAAGCUGCCCUUCAACAAGCUGGUCUAAAUGCAUCUAACAUUGAUUGGUUGUUGUUACAUCAGGCAAACCAAAGGAUCAUCGACGCAGUAGCUGCUCGAUUAGAGGUUCCAUCAGAGCGUGUGAUAUCGAAUCUGGCAAACUACGGUAACACAAGUGCAGCUUCCAUUCCAUUGGCAUUGGACGAAGCAGUUCGAAGUGGGAAGGUGAAGGCAGGGCAUACGAUCGCAACUUCAGGUUUCGGGGCAGGUCUAACCUGGGGGUCUGCAAUUCUUAGAUGGGGUUGAAACUUGAAAGUCCCAAAGAUCAUCUUCUACUAGAAGUAAGAAGAGAGAAUGUAUAUGUUAUUGCAGAUUUUGGGAUGCUGCAAUGACAGUGACACUAGCUUGACAAUUCAAUCCCCCUUGCCUUCUUCUACUUGUUUGUUUGGUUUUUCUUUCUUUUUAGAGAUUUUGAACACUAGAACUGAACUUUCAUUCUUUCUUUCUGACUCACAAAUAAUUGAGUGCUGCUUAAUUUAAUGUAAUCCCCUCCUCUCUUUUUCCACUUUUCUCAA